GAGGGUGAUUGCGAUGGGGCUCUUUAAUAUGGCUGGAGGCCUGCAUUGCCUUGUAAGCUUACGCUGUUCGACCCUAUUUGGCUGCUCAUCGAUGCUGGACAUUCUGCCCGACAAGCUGCUUGCCGACGUCGAAGAGGUAGGCAAGCUGAGGGCCAGAACCAUGUUUGUCGCAUCUGUAACCAUGGUCCAUUCCACUAUAGUGCCUUGACGUGCCGCUGCGCCGCAUCUACACAUGCUCGAAACGAACAACGUCGCCACGCCCGCGCGGAUCCUAUCUGGACCUUCGGUGGCGAUUGGUACGCUCGAUAGCUGGUCAUACCAAGGCAUCAGACAUCAAGAUGGAGCCCUACUCGUUGCAGCCGCCGUCGUGGCGCCCUCUCUUACACUCCGCCUCUGCCGCCCUCGGCGUACCGGACUUCUUUCCACCACAAGCUGGGGCACCAGAGCUCGACAUUUCCGAUGUCUCGGCCGUGCGCAACGGUAUCGCCGCUCGAUCCGUGGUCGGCAAUGAGACGUUUAGCGCACACGAGAUGAUCUACGAUCGGCUCAAGAGCCCCAACAUUCUCGCUCAAUUGAACGGGUUCAUGGGCGAAAUCCUGAAGCGCCGCGAGGAGCUUGCACGGCUCGGUCCAUCGAAUAAUGGCGAUGGAGGGAUAGACAAGCCCACGCACAAGCUGCCGUCGAGGGUUACGCCCAACGACAGCAAACUCGCAGCGUACGUGCGCGAACUGGCAGACUCCCAAGUCUCACUUUCAAAGCUGGCCAAAACUGUACCGCAUGGCUUCAAAGGCGAAAAAAUGCUUGACAUGCUGUACAAUGGUAGCGUCGGAUCCUCUACGAAGCUUUCAUCUACGCCAGCAAGCGCGACCUCCAACACGGGCGCAUCAGCAACAGCAAGUGUGACGACAAAUGCCAGUGGACGGCAGGAAGACCAGGUUUCGCUUCCCAAGAGUGUUCCGGUCGACCGUGCUCUUUGGUUCAUUCAAGUCGUCGGUGCAACAGAGAUGGCGUCCCACUCGCAAUCCCAGGCGCAUUACCAUGCUCAUGGAGCCGGCGGAGGGCUAUCGACGCCGGGCGGGAGCGGCAUUGCCGGGCCGACUGGAGGGUUAGGAGCGACACACGGUGCAGCAAGGGUGGACAGAGCGGCACAGGUGCAGCUUGACUUCACAAAUGCAGUCUGCUCAUGGCUUCGACGCAUGCUUGCCGAUCUAGAUGUCCCAGCCAGCGCAGAUGCUGCGAUAGCCGAGUCUGCUGCGGUGCUAGGAGGGACAGAAGCUGCCAGUGCUGGCCUCAGCGGAAGUUUGUUACGCCGCACAUUCGCCGGAACGCAAGCACCACCGCCUCUCAGCAUCCGUAAUAAUCUUGGUUCUGCGUCAGCUCCAUAUCCAUCGCCCUUGCUGCCCGCGUCAGCAUCUACCAUAAAUUUGAGCAGACAGGCAAACUUGAGUCUCUCAUUCACGUCUACGACAGGGGUACCCAAGGCUCCCUUCAGCGCCAUCGCUCCCUCUCCCUCAUUGAGUCCAAACUUGGACGCGGUGCGCAUACCAAUGACUCCCAGCCGCUCUGCGGGUGGUAAUUCUAACUUCAGCUUUCCUGGAAACCCUGUGCCAUUCUCGUCUCCGUCCACAUCCAACGGUCCACCCCCUUUCACUCUCCAUCAUCAGCAUACGCCUCCUACCUCCGCGUCUGCGUCCACGCGCUGGGCGCACAAGUGGUCCUAUGCACUUUCCCUUCUACGUGGCCUCGUCACGCUCCCGUCCGACGCCACGCCUGAUGCACCGGGAAGCCUGUUGCAACUCCCCUCGUGGCUCCGCUUCCUGGCGGAGCUCCUCGGAAGCGCAAACGUUGCCCAAAUACCAUUCGUGCUGGCUAUUGUGCUUGAAUUCGGUAUCGGAUGGCCACCGGCGGAAGGAGGGAACGCCAGCGGCGGCAUGACAAAAGGCACCUUGAUCGCGAGAAUCGGCAUCGAGGGUGCUCUCAAAGCAAGGCGUGAGGUUCUCGCUCUUCGCCAUGCACUCCUUGCGUCCCUUGUGGCGGAUCCCAUCGCAGAGACCGACGGCGCUGAAAAGGGAGAUGGAGUAGUGGACGCUGACAUUGGCAUACAAGGCGAUGGAGACGUGUCGGCCACAGUCGGUGCUUCGGAGCCUGGCACAAAGACCGCGGCGCAAGAUGAGAUGGACGUCAGUGUUCGGCGAUGCGAUGACUUGCUGAUUGCACUCAUCUCUCUUGCUCGUCACUUAGCGAGGGGAUGCGAUCAGGCGCUCAUCAGCCCGCGAUUAUGGAGCACAUAUAGCUCGGAUCUUCGCGCUGUGCUCGGAGAGGCAACCUUCUAUGCAGAUCUUCAACAAAGGAACAGCGUACUGAUGCUUCGCCAUCUGAGUGCUGAUGGCCCGAGGGAAAAUUGGUUCGAUCAGCAAGCCGCUGAUAUCGAGAUUCUCGAUUCAAUUGACUUGUCAACGCAUUGGCAAACGACAUGGGUGCAGUAUUUUACACGCACUUCCUCUCAACCUGCUUCGCGAGCCGAUGGCCGGCGAACCGUUCGCACGCUUAGGGACAAAGUCGAGCUUCUCUUUCUAUGGGCCUGUACCUCUCAUCGCUCCUCUGUCGGCCCAUCCCGGCCAUACAUUGUGGGGGUUUUCUUGAGCGGCCUGCUCGGCUGCAAUUUUCGCCCAACGAAGCAUCUGAUUGAUUCUGCCCGCAAAAGGUGGGACGGUGAUGGGGACGUGACCUCAUUGCUGAAAGAGAGAGCAGAGUUUGCAAAGCUUAAGGCACAUGCGACGCAGCUGGAGGAGUCAAAGGCCAUCGACUUCCACAGCUUCUGCAUACAAUUCAUUGCGGAUGUCGAAUCGUACUGCAAUACGGGAACAACGGGCGUUGAGGCGUCAGAUGCAACCGAGACACUGCGCCGAGAAAACUUUGCAAGUGUCUCGUUCGAUGCACUUAUCGCGUUGAUUGAGGAGUUGAGCAAUCUCGGCUACUUCUCGAUGCGCAAGUUGCUACGAAAGAUGACCAAUGUCUCGACUGCCGCCGGCUCGUUACCUGCCAACACGUCUGGACAACCGACGCUGCCGAAUAAUUCAUUUCAAACGCGACUCCUCCGUUCGCUCCCAUUCCCCACCGGAACGCAGAAUUUGACAAACCUGCUAGUAACACGGAGGGCUCUCAUCUACGGGAAUCGUGCCGGAGAGACCUGGGAGGAAGCAACAGAACGGCGAGCGACUCGUGAGGUGCGAGCUCUUUUUAGUGGACUCUUCCAGACUGACCAUGCACCGUUCGACAUGCAUGGUCGCCAAACGUCGUCGAUCUCAGACUUUGCUGAUGAGGGGAUCGACCAACAACUCAUCACAACUUUACCGCACCUUUGGUCGAGCCCGCCUUUCGUCCAGCGCAGGAUCACACGCUCGGUGCUCCUCCCUGCGAUCGAAGCCGCGGAGGCGAGCGCUUCAAUUUCCUUUACGGAUACCUGCCUUCUCCUGGCGCUGCUCCGCAAAUCCGAAGAUUUUCGUCUAUUGAAUCAGGUCAUCAUGACGUUACUACGACCAGGUCGUCUCACUGGCGAAGAGCAUGGCCCUAUUGCGGACAAAGUAAGCGAUGCCAUUAUAUGUCACGCUGAAGUCUGGAAGGCUCUCGACAGUCUCCAUGUCAUGGUGGAGCAAGAAUGGAAGCCGUGAGGCAACCGGAGCAUUAGCACAAAUCCGAGCCCCUGAUGCAGAGCUGCAAGACCAAUUGCGAUUAGAGG